GUUGUUUUCAGGUUUCUUACCAUUUAAAGGUAAUUUUGUAUGUGGCCAAAAUAACUCAAAAUACCUUGACUGAGCCCCCUUAAGUUGUACGCAACUCCGUGCUUUUCCCUCGUGGGAUGGGGCCCUCCUUCGUGUUCGUUCCCCGUUUAUUCGUUUAUCCUCUGUGCGUUCGCUCGUUGUGUACACCAUGUAUUUCCUGUGCGUCCCCUCAUGCACUUACAAGUGCGCUCUCACAUGCAUUUCCUUACUUAAAAGCAGUAAAAAAAAAAAAACUCUGUGUUUUCCCUUAUUGUUGCCGGUGGCUGCGUUUCGUCUUUCCUCGUACAUUCACAGCAGGUGUUUUUUUUUUCUUUUUGUGGGCUCGCUUAUCCACUACACCCUGCUCUCUUUUAAUGGUACCUUGUAUAAGCCCCCGUGUGUUUCUCAAGUAUUCCCUAUGCGUUUUCUCCGCUGUGUGCUCCGCUAUUCGCCACCCCGUGCAUGCACCCUUGGGUUACUGGACGUUCUCCAUGCUUUCCCUGUUCCCCAAGCAACUCGUCUGUUACAAUUUUAACUUGUAUUACCUUUGUAUUCUCUCGUGCUCGGGUAGGACAGAAUGGGAUAGAAGAGGAUAACCUUUACUUAAUUAAGCUGGAAAUUGUAAUAUACGAAGACUUUAAAAAAGAGUGGAUCACCUUGUACAAACUGAACGGGAACAAAAUAAACACCAAUCUUGGUAAAGAUAAGAGCCAACAAUGGACGUAAUAAAUAAGUUUUAUAAAGAUGUAAGGCUCAUCAAAAACCUGAUUAUUUUCAAUAUUUUUAUGCUGACUCAGAGCAAUUCCUCAUUAGCUAUGAAAGCUUUGAUCGCACGUUCUCCGCGCGUUCCGCUAUUCGCAAACCCCCGCUUCCCUCUUGGGUUCCCGGUGAGGCCCUUCCAUGUAAAAGGUACGGUGACGAGGAAAGCGAAAGUUUUCCUUUUUGUCUAAACUGCGUGCGAUUUCACCGCAAGCGCGACUUUCCACGUCUAGGACUGGCACUAGUUACGCAAGGACUGACAAUGUCACGUGGUCACUUGUUGCAUUUCCCGCCAAAGAAGAAACACAACCAGCUAAAUUAAACGCAAGGAUUUUUCUUUGAGACUCUCCCUUGUUAAUAUGAUUUAGACAAUUAACCCUGCUUUUUGACAACAUUUCCUGAACCACUGGGCCUUACGGUGGUUUUCGUGUGGCAUGAGGAUAAAUGGAUUAUGGGACAGAAAAAAUUGUAAUGAUUAAUCAGUGUUUGUUUCUGUUUGUUUCUUUGAAAGUUUAAAAUGAACGCUACCAAAUUCAUUUUCAAAAUGAGCCGAAGAGAUGGGCAUCCAAGACCUGUAAGAAAAGUUUAAUUAUGUUUGAAAAAUGACGCUUUUGUUUGUUUCCAUUUGUUCAGCCAUACAGGUUCACGUGGGCGCCAUAUAAACAAAGGAAAUGCAAAGUUGUAGCAGAAGAAAGCGUGCAAAGGGUGUUGUCAUUAUAAAUUUGUGACGGUCUGUUAGCUGAUUGGUCUGAUGUUUUUUUCCAUAUUAAUGAUGACUAUUGCUAAUCUGAGGUGCUUGUUUGUCAUUUUGAGAUGUUUGCCGUCGGAGUAUGGUGCUUACUGUUCCCUUCUACACGAGAAGUAAUUCUUAUUUUGAAGAAGUAAUGGCGUCGACGUUUGGGGAAGAGAAGUCAGUUGACACCCAUAUUUCUACCAAUCGGAGUAAACAACUGAAGACAGGAAAGCCAGGAAAACACAAGGAGAUCAAAAGGAUUCAAGCAGAAAGGAUGAAGAAAAAUGAUACGAGCAGUUGUUGAGUCGGGGCCUAAAAAAGACGGACAUCAUGAUGUUUUUGCAAUCACCAUCAAAGAAGUGUUUAAAGGAAUAUCGCAUGGCCAACAAGAAAAAGCGUUUGGCGUUUUAAGCACAGAACUCACCACCAAACUCUACACACCUCGCAGUUACAUGGAUGAUAAUGUCUCAGGACCAUUCGGGAUCAAGAUGGGGACAGAAUACUUCAUGUACGGCGACAUUAUCGAAGGUGGAAAGUUGUUUACGAAAUUCUCUGACCUGCGCGAGCCAUGGGACAAAGUGACCUCGCGUCAAAAAGCAAACCUUCGAGGGUACUACGAGGCGGGAUGUCGGCAAUGCCGAUUGAAGCCUCAUGGGUGUCCAAACUCGGACCCUGAGUGCCACCAGAGGUUACCCGGAUGCGAGAAGAGAGCGGGAGAAUAUCCACGAUCGUGGAAAUGGAUUUGUUGGAGGCGGUUUGAGCAUUGUGAGGUCGACGAAAGUGGUCAGCGGUGUCACUGGAAAGAAACCAGCGAAUCAAAGGAAUGUAAAAACAGCGACACGCCUGCAAAAUGGUUUGGUUAUUAAAAGUGAGUGACGCCAAACCGCUCACAGACCACCUGCUAUUUUGAAACGAACUGUGAAAAGAAAUAUACACCUUUAAUUGCAUUCUUCGUCAUCAGAUCUAAUUUUUUAGAAGUUGAUAGUUAAUACAACGGAAUGGUUAUGAAGCCCGGCAAACAUCAAAGCAGCAAACAGAGAUGCCAAGAUUUAUGUUGGAAGCUCCACGACCGUAUCCAAUCGUUUGUUUUUCGCUCAUAAACUAUGCAAGUAUUACGUAAUCAAAACAUUUCUUUUGGUCGGUC